AUGAAGGCGUUCGUUCCUUUAAUUUGUUUAUUGUCCCUGGCGGCCGCCGAACCUCCUCUUGGCGACGGUUACGCCGCGGCUCGAUCAGGCCAUGACCACGGACACUCCCACGGUUCCAACCUCGGCCGUUCUCUCUCCACUGAAUACGGACCCCCUGGGGCCUCAAGUCGGUCCCUAUCCCAAGAAUACGGGGCACCCAGCGCUAGAGGUCUCAGCCAAGAGUACGGCGCGCCAAGCGCCAGGGGUCUCUCUCAAGAAUACGGGGCACCUAGUGCUCGAGGUCUCUCACAGGAAUAUGGAGCGCCAAGUGCUAGGGGACUCUCUCAAGAGUACGGAGCUCCAAGCGCCAGGGGACUAUCGCAAGAAUAUGGUGCCCCUAGUGCCAGAGGACUUUCACAAGAGUACGGUGCCCCCAGCGCUAGAGGAUUGUCUCAAGAAUAUGGAGUUCCCAGUGCCCGAAACCCUUCUGAAGAAUACGGAGCCCCAAGCGCUCACGGCUUAUCCUCUACCUACGGCGCUCCUUCCCAAGACUUCUCCCGUGGACUCUCUCAGGAAUACGGAGCUCCUGGACUAAGAAAUGCACCUUCAGACUCUUAUGGCGCACCUGGCUAUAGAAAUACCCCUUCGGAUUCUUAUGGAGCACCCCUGUCUUCUGGUCUUCAAGAUUUCCGAUCAGCUCCUUCUGAGGCAUAUGGUGCUCCGUCUGCUAGAAGUUUUGGGUCUCCGUCUCAGAAAUAUGGCGCUCCUGCUCGUAACUCUUUCCGAUCAAACUCGUUAUCUCAAGAAUAUGGCGCUCCUUCCACCCGAUCUCAAGGUUUCUCUGGCAGAAACUCUUUCAAAUCCACUAAAGGCCGUUCUGGUUACUCUAGCCCUUCGUCUACAUACGGUGCUCCUAGUGGAAGGUCUUCUGACUCUUAUUCCCAAGGGCAUAAGGCUGGUUCUUCGUUCGCAAGCGCCCGUUUGUCGGAUACCUAUGGAGCGCCCGAUGCAAGGAGUCUCUCGGAUACCUAUGGAGCGCCUGCUUCAAGGAGUCUCUCGGAUACCUAUGGAGCGCCCGCUGCAAGAAGUCUUUCGGAUACUUAUGGAGCACCGAACAGCAGAUCUGCGGGAUUGAAGACUAAUGCUUUUGCUUCGUCUUUCGCUUCUGCCAGAUCCCCCUCCUCCAAAUACGGCGCCCCUUCCCCCUUCGACGCCAUGCCGUCCGAACAAUACGGCGUUCCUGAGCAGUACGACUCUCUCUCCAGUCAGGGCUACGGGUACGCCAGGGGCGCUCUUGAUGAGCUGAACCAGGAGCCAGCGAACUACGACUUUGCUUACAAAGUGAACGACUUAGAAUCUGGCAGCGACUUCGGGCAUUCGGAAACCAGGCAGGAGAACCGCGCUGAAGGCAGCUACUUCGUCGUGUUACCUGACGGCACCAAGCAGGUGGUAGAAUACGAGGCCGACGAGCGUGGCUUCAAGCCCCGCAUCUCCGUGGAGCCGGCAGCAGGCUACGACGACAACGCCAACAACAUCGGUCGCUCCGGCGAUGGACCUUAUUAACAACCACAUAAAGACCAUUUUACUAUACCGCAAACCGAACAGGACCGAGGUCAUAUCACUAUCUCUCUCACUUUUACCAAGCGUGAAAGAGAAGUUUUACGAUCGCGGUCGUCAGUUUGGUUUGCGGAUAGUCGCUUUGGCUCCGGAUCGGAAUGCGUUACCAUGGUUGCUCAAAGUUCAGUUUUAAAAGUCGGUUCCAAUUUUAAACGAGUUUAGAAGGACGAGAUUCAGCGAGGCCGUAUAAUAUGUUAGACGGCAAAAAUACCUAUUACAAGUUACAUCAGGACUCAGUAUCGUUUCCGAAAUUAAAAAUUAAUUGUUAACGGGAUUUUAAAAUUGGUAUCGCUUUAGUGUUUUUGUUUGCAAUUUUUGUUACGAACUUUACGAACGACUAGCAGAAUACUCAUUUAUUUAUUAUUUUUAUAGCAAAUUGAAAAAAAAAUGUAUAAAAAAAGUACCUCAUAGUUUGUAAGUGGCUUGUGAUGUAGUGAUAAUUUAGUGCAAAUAAAUUUUUAUGACGUUA